AUGGCCACCUUUGCGCAAGUCUUUUUCCAGGUGAUGAAGGACGCCCUCCGCCCCCUAGUCGACGCGGGGGUCGCGGGCGCCCGAGAGCUGGCCCGCGCGGGCCUGCACGCAGGGGCCUCGUGGGCGCUCCUGCCGAGCUGCCCUUCGGUGCCGCCGUGCCCGCUCUGCCCGGCCGCGCCUCCGUGCCCCGCCUGCCCGGGGUGCCACUGCGCCUGUGGGAAGGCGCCUGACGGGCCCGGCGCGCCGGGCGGCGGAGGCGGCGAGCCCGCCUGGGUGGGCGCGUCCGAGGCCGUGCCGCAGUGCGACGCGCUGGCCGCCGCGGUGCGCGAGGUGGCGGAGCAGAGCACGGUCUGCCACGACGCCGGCUGGCUCUGCGUGGCGGCGCUGGUGCUGGGGCUCGUGCUCGGGAGCCUGCUGACGCGCGUCUGGUCGGCGAGCUCUGAGGGCGAUGGCGCUGGUGCAGCUGCGCGGCUGAUCCCGGGCUGCCGGGUGAUGGUCCGCUACGCCGAGGACGACUUCUGGCACGAGCGGAUCCUGCUCUACCCGGCCGCUUCGGACGUUGAGGGAGGGGCGUGCUGGGUCGUCCUGACCCCGGACGGCGACGUGUACAUCGAGGAGCUGGAGGGUGGCUCGCCGGACGACAGCCCCGUGGAGUGGCAGAUCGUGGCGCGAGACCUGCGGCUGCCGCCCGGGCUGGGCCGGCCUUGCCGCUUUGGGGAGGACCAGCCCGGGGAGCUGCGGGCCCUCUAUCGCCGGGCGUAUGCGGCUUCGACGGCUGACGCUCGGGCUCGCGGGCUGCAGCUGCCGGUGCCGCAGAUGAUCCGCACCCAGCAGGGCCGCGACGUCACGGUGGAGGAUGCGUUCGGCCGCAAUUUCUUCGGCGGACGUCGCGUGACCGGCAAGCAGGGUGUGCCUGCCGCUGGGGGCGCGCUGGCGGACGGGACGAGCGUGCCGGGCGACCAGGAGGAGGACGACGGCGACGCCCUCGCCGACCCCGCGGUGCCCACCUCCGUGGGCGGCGCCGUGACUCCGCCUCCGCCUGGUCACUUCUGGCGCGCCGCGGAGCCCGACAGCUCGCGGCCGAUCGAGGUCGGCGACUGGGUCGGAACUCCGAGUCUGGCCUUGCACGAGCGCGGGCUGUUCGAAGUGGCGCCGGGGCGGGCCAUCGUGGUGCACCUCACCGCCCUUGACAAGGACGCCUUCGUGGCCUCUCUCAGGGCGGGGGCGCGCGGUCGCGGGCGCGAGUGGCGCGACGUGGUGGACUCGUGCGAGGAGGAGCCGUUCGGCGGCUUCCCCGUGGCAGGUCCAAGGUCGACUUCGCGGUGCCUCGAGUUCCUUCGGCGGCGCCACACUCCGACGGACCACCACCUGAUGUUCAAGACGACGGCCCGCCUCCAGACGGAGCAAUGGGGCGUUCAGGAGCAUGAGCAGCUCAUGAAGUACCUCGAGCUGGCCGGCACCUACGACCAGCUCGACCUCAGCAACUGCGCCUUUGCGGAGGCGAUCCUCCGCCGGGCGCAGACCAUCGAGUGGGCGUACCACGAUCGGCUGCGCGAGGCGGACUCCUCGAGUUCGAAGGACAAGAUGAGCCCUGAGGAGUUUGCAGCGUUCAGCGGCUUCAGCAAGGCAGGCGACCUCCUCAUGGUUGCCCCACAGCUGCUGGAGUACGUCAAGACGCAGGUCGAGAAGGACGCCGCCAUCAUGAAGAACAUUCGGAAGGCGCCCGCGGAGGGCGCGGCGUGCCGCAGCGUGCGGCGGCGGCUGCUGCGGCGAGACGCCGUCGUGCAGGAGUGCAACCGCGUCAUCGGGGCCCUCAAUGACCUGGCCGGGAGGCCCCAGGCGCCCGGCGCCCCGGGCCUGGCGGAGCGACUUCCCCAUCGGCUGGUGCGCGAGCGCGUCCGCCGCGCUGCAGUCGAGCUGGGCCCGCCGCCACCCGACCUCACUCCCGCGGGAGCCCUCAGAGAGCUCCGCGGCGCCGGCGUGCACGAAGACCUCGACUCGCCGGCGGUCAGCUUCGACGAUUCCCUCGUCUCGCUGCCGGGGGCCGGCAACGCCCCAGUGCCGCUCGGGCAGCUGCUCCAGGACGUGGGCGAUUUCGAUGUCGAGGCCUCAAUGCACGAGCAGCUUCUUCGAACUGAGGAGGCAGAAUCUGGUCUUCUGGCAGCUCCGAGGCAGCCGUAUAUGGACACGAUCUUGAGAGGUGAUCCGAGGGUCUACUCCCGCUUGGUCAAGCGGCUCGCCGACGCCGGGAUGGUGACCUACACGGACACCCCCCGCGAGAGGUGCGGCCUUUUCUUCGUCCGCAAGAAGUCAGGCAAGCAGCGCAUGGUGGUCGACUGCCGACGGGCCAACUGUUUGUUUCGACGGCCAGCCUCAGUAGCUCUUGCCGCCGGUUCGUCUCUGGGCGAGCUGGCCGUGCCUGAGGGCAAGGGGCUCUACGUCGGCCACGUGGGCACCUGCGACGCUUUUUACCACUUCGGCCUGCCCGAAGCUUUUCGGGAUUACUUCGCCCUGCCGUCCGUGAAGGCCGGGGACGUGGGGAUGGUGCGGCUUCGUGGGCGGCCGCUCCAGCCGGGGAGCCGCGUCUGGCCGGUGCUGGCCGUGCUCCCGAUGGGCUGGUCGCACGCUUUGUACUGGUGCCAGACCAUCCACCGUUCCAUUGUCAGCUCGAUUCCCGAGCUGAGAUCGGUGCGGCGUGCCGUCACUUUAGUCAACGCGGCCUUGACACAGAAGGGUCUCCCCACUCAUGAGGUGCGCAUGUGCGAUCACAAUGCUGACAUUCUGGGCUGGGAGAUCCGGGGAAGAGAGUGCGAAAUCCGACCCAAGAGAUCAAGGCUGUGGCGACUUCGGUUGGCGCUCGACUGUCUGGUCAGUCGCAAUGCCGUGGACCCGAGAGACGUCGAACCAGUGUUGGGCCAUUGCACGUUUGUCGCCUUACUAUGUCGAGAGCACUUGUCCAUCUUCAAUUCGGUGUACUCGUUCGUGCGGAGGCUGCGCCACUGUACCGCAGUACCCCUCUGGGAGUCAGUUCGCUGGGGGCUGAACACCUUCUCGAGCCUUCUGGGGAUGAUCUCGCGAAGUAUGUUGGUUGCCUGGAGUCCGACGGUGAUGCGCGGUGACGCGUCGUUCUGGGGCUUCGGGCUGGUCAGCAAGGGCUUCAAUGAGGACCUCGUGGGCUCCGUGGGCGGUUUCUCGGAGAGGUGGCGUUUCCUGGAGGGCAGCAAUGUGCAGUCAAGGGCUUGGGCUGGAGUCGGCGAGGGGCCUCUCGAGAGCUCCAAGGAGUUCCAGGACAUCGUGGGCUCGGAGGAGGCCUGCAUCAACGCCCGCCAGUCGGCUGUCAGUCGCCUGCCUGCAGAGUUUCGGGAAGAGGGUUGGGCUGUCGUGGGCUCGCACAUGUGGGGGGGCCCGCCCGACAACAUCGUUGAGGGGGAGGCCCGGGCGCUCGCGUUCGGGGUUAAGCACAUCUGCCGUUCAACAGCGUCGUUUGGGCGCCACCACUUCCUCCUCUCGGACUCGCUGUCGUCCGUCUUGGCUUUGAGCAAGGGGCGCUCUUCGGCGCCAGGAGUCUGCGGGGCCCUCCGCGCAGUCGCUGCCCAUGUCGCGGCAACAGGCCUCCGCCUCGCCGCCCGGUGGCUGCCCAGCGAGUGGAACUUCGCAUACGGUCCGUCGCGAGGCCUCCGGCAUGCUGGAUAUGCCCGUGGAGGAGGCGGCGGCGCUGACGCGGAGGCGACCUCGGACGGAGGCGGGCCCUGA